AUGACAAAAGGCAAUGAAUUGAUCUUCAGAAACUUUGUUUUACUGGCCACGUUCACAGGUGGAGUAAUAACUCAGUUCUCCAAUGAAAAUAUAUUUGUGGUUGACAUGUCCAAAGUAGGCCUUACUCAUGUUCCAAAGGAUUUGUCACCCAAGAUGGAAGUCUUAGAUAUGUCUCAAAAUUACAUAACUGAACUCUACCUCUCUGAUCUCAGAUAUCUUCCAGGACUGAAAGUUUUGAAGCUUUCCCAUAACAAAAUCUGGUGCCUUGAUUUCAGUAUUUUUAAGUUCAACCGGAAGUUGGAAUAUUUGGAUUUGUCUCAUAAUCAGUUGAAGAACAUCUCUUGCCAUCUCAUCCCAAAUCUCAAGCACUUAGAUCUCUCAUUCAAUGACUUUGAGGCCCCUCCCAUCUGUGAGGAAUUGGGCAACUUGACAGAACUGACUUUUUUAGGAUUGAGUGCUUCAAGGUUACAAUUAGAUCUGAUGCCAAUUGCUUUUUUGCAUCUUGAGUGCCUCUUUCUGGAGUUGGGACAUUAUUAUAUGAAAGAAAAUGAGAGAAAAAGUCUUCAAAUUUUGAAUACGAAAGCACUUCAUUUUGUUUUUCAUCCAAAUAGUUUAUUCUCUAUUCAAGCCAACAUAUCAGUUAAGGCUUUAGAGUGCUUACAACUAACCAAUAUUAAACUGAAUGAUAUCAACUGUCAAGUUUUAAUGGAAUUUUUAUCAGAACUUACUAGAGGUCCAAACUUUUUGAAUUUUACCAUUACCCAUAUAGAAAUAACUUGGAAGUGUUUAGUUAGAGUAUUUGAGUUCCUUUGGUCCAAACCUAUAGAAUAUUUAAAUAUUUACAACUUAACAAUAGUUGAAAAAAUAAGUAAAGAACAUAUUAUUUAUCCUCGGACAGCAUUGAAAGCAGUGAAAAUAGAACUUGUUACAAACAGAGUUUUCCUUUUCUCCCAGACAGCAUUGUACACAGUGUUUUCUGAAAUGAAUGUCAUGAGUCUCACCAUAUCUGAUACACAUUUUAUCCACAUGCUUUGUCCUAAAGUACCUAGCACAUUCACAUUUUUGAAUUUUACCCAUAAUGUUUUCACAGACAGUGUUUUUCAAAACUGUUACACAUUAGUUAAGUUGGAGACUCUUAUCUUGAAAAAGAAUAAAUUAAAAGGCCUUUUAAAAGUAGGACUCAUGACUAAGGGUAUGCUCUCUUUAAAAACACUGGAUGUUAGUGGGAAUUCUAUAGAAUAUAAUAGACAAGAUGGAAAUUGCACUUGGGUUGGGAGCAUUAUGCUGUUAAAUUUGUCUUCAAAUAUGCUCACUGACUCUGUUUUCAGAUGUUUGCCUCUCAACAUCAAGGUUCUUGAUCUUCACAAGAACAGAAUAAGGAGUAUCCCAAAUGAUGUCAAUAAUCUGGAAGCUUUGGAAGAACUCAAUGUGGCUUCCAAUGCUUUAACCAUCUUGCCCGGAUGUGGUACCUUUAGCAGUCUUUCUGUACUGACCAUUGACUCUAAUUCCAUUUCCAAACCAGCAGCCGAUUUCUUCCAGACCUGCCCAAAGAUCAGGUCAAUUAAAGCUGGGAACAACCCAUUCCAAUGUACAUGUGAGCUAAGAGAAUUUAUCCAAAGGGUAGACCAAGCAUCAAGGACAGUGGUAGAGGGCUGGCCAGAUUCCUACAAGUGUGACUAUCCAGAAAGUUCCAAGGGAACUCCACUCAAGGACUUUCAUGUGUCUCAACUCUCCUGCAACCCAGCUCUGCUGAUGGCCACCAUUGUGGGCAUAAUGCUUGUGGUGGCCAUUGCCAUGACCAUCCUCUGUGUCUAUUUUGAUGUGCCCUGGUACCUCAGGAUGGUAUUCCAGUGGACCCAGACCCGGCACAGAGCUAGGAAUAUACACUUGGAAGAGCUGCAAAGAAAUCUCCAGUUCCAUGCUUUUAUUUCCUACAGUGAGCAUGAUUCUGCCUGGGUGAAGAAUGAAUUGCUACCAAACUUGGAGAAAGAAGAUAUCCAGGUUUGUCUUCAUGAGCGCAAUUUUGUUCCAGGCAAGAGCAUUGUGGAAAACAUCAUCAACUGCAUAGAGAAGAGCUACAAGUCCAUCUUUGUUUUGUCUCCACACUUUGUCCAGAGCGAGUGGUGCCAUUAUGAGCUCUACUUUGCUCAUCACAAUCUUUUUCAUGAAGGAUCUGACAACUUAAUCCUGAUCUUGCUGGAGCCCAUUCUUCAGGACUGCAUUCCUAACAAGUAUCACAAGUUGAGAUCUCUCAUGGCACAGAGGACUUAUUUGGAAUGGCCUAAGGAAAAGAACAAACAUGGACUAUUCUGGGCUAACAUUAGAGCUGUUUUCAAUGUGAAAUUAACACUAGAGACUGAAAGAGAUAUGGAAAUACAGAUUUAA